CUUCAAUCAUGGCCCCCUCUUUGCGUUUGGGAAGCACCGCUCCGGACUUUGAGGCUCAGACGACAACUGGUCCCAUCAAGUUCCACGAUUGGAUUGGGGACUCCUGGGCCGUCUUGUUCUCUCACCCUGACGAUUUCACACCUGUUUGCACCACCGAGUUGGCGGAAGUUGCCCGUCGUGCUCCUGAUUUCGAAGCCCGUGGUGUGAAGGUCAUUGGCCUUUCUGCCAAUGGUCUCGAAUCACAUCACAAAUGGGUAAAGGAUAUCAACGAAUGGGGCGCUCAAUAUGGCUCCACUGACCUUCAGUUCCCCAUCAUCGCCGACGAGGAUAGGAAGAUCUCGACACUGUACGACAUGUUGGAUGAACAAGACGCGACUAAUGUGGAUAAGAAGGGCUUGCCUCUGACUAUUCGCACUGUCUUCGUCAUCGACUCAAAGAAGAAGAUUCGCCUUACUCUCUCGUAUCCUGCAUCCACUGGGCGCAAUUUCGAUGAGAUCAUCCGUGCCAUCGAUUCACUUCAAUUGACUGACAAGCAUCGCAUCGCUACACCCGUCAACUGGAAGAAAGGCGAAGAUAUUAUCGUCCAUGCCUCGGUCAGCAAUGCGGAGGCGAAGACGCUGUUCCCAAACUUUACUACCCACAAGUCCUACCUCAGGACCGCCCCUCUCAAUGCGUAAUAUGCAGUGAACAAUCAUAUAUAUGAUUCAUUCCUAAGGCUGGGGGUGCAUCAGGGCGCAGGGCCUCUAUGUAUUGGUAUCAAUUCGGCAUUCGUUAUGCAUUGUAACAAUCGAGAUAGUUGUGAGAAAUGCAGCGGUACAGAGUCGGG